UCAGCCCCGCCCCCACUUCCCCUCCGCUGUCUGCUUGGGCCUGCGCCGCCGCCGCCGCCGCCGCCGCCGCCGCUGUGGGCCGGCUCCGCGCUCAGUCAGCUCCGCCGCCUUCCUGCCCUGCAGCGCUGCCAGGCCGGCCGCCAUGGCGAACGUGGCCGACACGAAGCUGUACGACAUUCUGGGCGUCCCUCCGGGCGCCAGCGAGAACGAGCUGAAGAAGGCAUACAGAAAAUUAGCCAAGGAAUACCAUCCUGAUAAGAAUCCAAAUGCUGGAGACAAAUUCAAAGAAAUAAGCUUUGCAUAUGAAGUACUAUCAAAUCCAGAGAAACGGGAAUUAUAUGACAGAUAUGGAGAACAGGGUCUUCGGGAAGGCAGUGGCGGAGGAGGUGGAAUGGAUGACAUUUUCUCUCACAUUUUUGGUGGGGGAUUAUUUGGCUUCAUGGGCAAUCAAAGUAGAAGUCGAAACGGCAGAAGAAGAGGAGAAGACAUGAUGCAUCCACUCAAAGUAUCUUUAGAAGAUCUGUAUAAUGGCAAGACAACCAAACUACAACUUAGCAAGAAUGUACUCUGUAGUGCAUGCAAUGGCCAAGGUGGAAAGUCUGGAGCUGUGCAGAAGUGUAGUGCUUGUCGAGGUCGAGGUGUACGCAUCAUGAUCAGACAGCUGGCUCCAGGAAUGGUGCAACAGAUGCAGUCUGUGUGUUCUGACUGUAAUGGAGAAGGAGAGGUAAUUAAUGAAAAAGACCGUUGUAAAAAAUGUGAAGGGAAGAAGGUGAUUAAAGAAGUCAAGAUUCUUGAAGUUCAUGUAGACAAAGGCAUGAAACAUGGACAGAGAAUUACGUUUACUGGGGAGGCAGACCAGGCCCCAGGAGUGGAACCAGGAGACAUUGUUCUUUUGCUUCAGGAAAAGGAGCAUGAGGUGUUCCAGAGAGAUGGGAAUGACUUGCACAUGACAUAUAAGAUAGGACUUGUUGAAGCACUGUGUGGAUUUCAGUUCACAUUUAAACACCUUGAUGGACGUCAAAUUGUCGUAAAAUACCCUCCUGGCAAAGUAAUUGAACCAGGAUGUGUUCGUGUAGUUCGAGCUGAAGGUAUGCCACAGUACCGUAAUCCUUUUGAAAAAGGUGAUCUUUACAUAAAAUUCGAUGUGCAGUUUCCUGAAAACAACUGGAUCAACCCAGACAAACUUUCUGAACUAGAAGAUCUUUUGCCAUCUAGACCAGAAGUUCCAAACAUAAUUGGAGAAACAGAGGAGGUAGAGCUUCAGGAAUUUGAUAGCACUAGGGGCUCAGGAGGUGGUCAGAGGCGUGAAGCAUAUAAUGAUAGCUCUGAUGAAGAAAGCAGCAGCCAUCAUGGACCAGGAGUGCAAUGUGCCCAUCAGUAAACUCUGCAAACUGCACAGGUGGAUUUUCUUUCCACGUUUGCCUGAUUUGUUUUCAGCGACCCAGCUGGAGUGUCCGGUCAAUUCAGAUGAACUGAUGGACAUCUGUUGGUCUAUGUGUAACUUUUAAAAUUGGUAUAGUAUCUACAGAGUGUAUAAUUUAAACUAACCACAAAGCUUUACCAUCUUCAUUUUGACUAUUCUGUAGCAGAAUAAAGCACUUGAAAGGAAACAAGACUCCCUUUCACACUUGGUUAUUAGGUUGCAGUCCUGAUAUCUGUUGAUUUUUUUUCAGUUUUGUGUAGAUUUUAUGUUUCAUAUUUUAAUUUCAGAUCCCACAUUGUAAAGUUUGUGUACAAUUUGUCCUGAAGCUUUGUGUUUGGCUGCACCUGCAUAAGCUGCUACAAAUAGAAUAAAGAAUUUCAUAACCUGUAUCUAUCAUUUAGAUGCAUGGAAAAAUGGGCUUUUGCACACAAUGGGUUUUGAUCAGACUGGGAACAAUGGAAUAAAUAACAUUAGCUGUGGUUGUAGGUUUUGGGACUUUUCCUCCCCCCCCUUUUUUUUUUAACCAUCUUGUGAAAGGUUUCUGAAACUUGAUAAUAAAAGGAAGUGGUGUAAAUUAUUUGUGUCACAUUUUUAGAAGGAAGAAGAUAUUUUGAACUGUAAAGUAUAUCCUUAAACUGGAUAAUAUAGCCUUAGUGCUGGUUCCUUUAAACAACCCUCACAAACCCAUUGGCCUGAAGCUUAUGCCCAUUUUACAGUUUUAAAAGGCAAAAGAAAGUUUGGUAUGUUGGUAGAAACAAGCUUUUAUUGGCUUCAAUUGAUGCUUUAUAGAGUCAAGGACAACUGAGUUAAUGUAACUCAUACAUAUGAUUCUCAGCAUUGGAGCCAGAAGAACCUAACCUCUGUAUCUCCCUACCACCACUUUUUAAAAAUAAAGUAACAGCAAAUCAAUAUUAGAACCAUGUCUGCAUAGAUCCUGUUAAAAAGCUUUUUUUUUUUUUGUUAAAUAUUAAGUUAAAGGUGUGCUGUCUCCAUUAAAUUGAAUAUUCGAGAUUGGGGGAAGUGUUAGUUACAACAUUUUAUAGAAAAGUAUCUCUUAGGCUGGUAUGAGAAAAAUCAGGUAAAACUACUAUGAAAAAGAUAUUGUGUUCUUUCUAUCUUCUGAUUAUCACUUCUUUUCAUUCCCGUAGUAAAUAUUUUUAGAACACACUUUUAAGGAAAAGAGACCUCAGUUGGAAAUUUUACAUUUGUAAAAGAAACAAAUGGGGGAAAACUGAAAACAAUUUUAAAUGUAAUAUGCCAGCCCUGAACCCAAUUAUAAUAUUUGUAAUUUAUUUCUAGGUUGACUAGAACCUGAAAAAAAAAUGGCAUUAAUCAAGGCCUGUGAGAUUUAAAUUAUUGCCCUAUCCACUCUACCUCCAUUGUACAAAAUUUACAACCAGCCUGGGCAAGAUUCAACAGCAUAGUAGUUUUGUAUUCGAGGUUACUUCCCCACAACCACUUUAAGUGUUUAAGAACUGCAGUGGCAAUAUAAAGUUUGUAGCCUUUCCAAUAAAGGUUUAUAAAACAUUA